CGGCAUUUCAAUUUCAUCCAAACUGCCAAUCUCAGCUCGUCGACGUACUUGGACUUACCAGUUCUUGCCAUUCUUUCUUCAACUCAGACCCUCUACGUCUUGUCUCAGUUCAUCACCUUCGGAUACGGCCAUCAACGGACGCUGUGAAAAGCAGACCAAAAAUGCGAAAAAUGGCAUUCAACUUCCUCUGAUAAUUGCUGACCAUCAUAUCACCUCAGCAUUGGGUCCAUCACCAAUGAUGCCCUAACUGAGUUCCUCAGACGCGCUCAGAAUAACCAGUACAAUAGAUCCUGCGAGCCUGGGAUCAUUUACAUUCAAGAUAAGUCCUUCACAGUAUUCGUGGGCGAGUAAAGGGUACUAGUACGAGUAUGGAUGAUCUUUCACAUCCGACUAAGAUCAUCUCUGAUUCCGCGCAUCAUCUCAUACAAGCAUCCUGCAGCCGGAUAUCUUGAUCCGCCCGUUCGGGCUCUGAACUCGGUAUGACCUAAAAUAGGUAUGUUCUCGAGAAGAAAGCAACGAAUCGUAAGAGUCCUGCAAUGGCCAAAUUGGGUUGUAACCCGACUGUGGUGCUGAUAUCGACUCGGGUCCUUGCUUUGAAGAACUACUGUUGUACUAAUGUGCCAUUCUAAACAACCGUUGUGCUCACAUGCAAUCCAACACUCCCUCAACACGGUUAUUGACGCUCCUUUUCCAUUGCAACGGGGUGAAAUCACACCACUCGCUGACUCGAUACGAUACCUCGAAUCUCGAAAUGAGGAGACAACCGAGGUCAUGACCUCGAGACCACUCGAGUCAGAGAUACCAAGCUCUCUGCACAAUCCCCCUGCCUGUCAAAACCAUCACAUCCUCCAAUCAAUUCCAGGCCAUCCUCCGAUCUAUUGCCUACCCCGGAUUUUGUCAACCCCGAACGUCCAAGAUGCAUUAUUAUGAGGGGAGAAGUGGAGAUGCGAAGCCGGCCGCACCAAAUCAUUUCUCUCCAUGAGGUCAGGUCGGUUCCGCUCCUGUCGGAUGAGGAGAGGGCUACGACUACGAGUUGCACGAUGCCGCCGGCUCUCAUCGGGGCUCAUGCAGAAGAGGAGUAGCUGCAUCCUUUUCACCGGAGAUCAGUUGCCUGUCAUGGAGGGGGUUGCCAGUUCCCCCUCCUUGGACCGAUA